CCGCGGCUGUUCCGCCGCCUCGCCUCCCCUCCCCCCGGCUGGAGCUCACUGUCUCCAAGAUGGCGGCCGUGUCAGUUUGGGGCAUCUCCGCGGUCCAGCCCCGGGCCCCGGGCCCCCGGCUCUCUUCUCCCCCGGAUUCUUUCUACUAGUCUUCAUACUUGUUGAAAUGCUGAAUAGUUUGUUGGGGAAAGAUGUGGAGGAAGAGUUGAAAUUCAUAGACUGAUGAGCAGAAAUUUCCGAGGACAGAAUAGCCAGCACCCUUCUGGUAUAAGAUGUACAACUUAUGCUCUGAAGUAGUGAGUGAGAUUUAUGGAAUUCUUGCAACUUUUCUAUGAAGAGUCUCGUGUAGUGCUAUUGGGAAGUUUGAAGAUAUUUCAAAUAAGCGGUUGGUUUGAAGUGGAAAGGCAUUCGGUUUUGUGAAAGGAGGACUGACUCAGGCCAGAAAACUUGUAUGCUAUGGUGAACUGGUUACUAGCCUCCGAGGAUCUUGUUUUCCAUGGUGUGAAACUUACUCAGCAUCAGGAUAAGGGAUAACGACUCUAUGGAUAUACAGAAUCCUUCACCAUGGUAAAACUCGCUAACCCGCUGUAUACGGAGUGGAUUUUGGAGGCCAUCAAAAAAGUGAAGAAGCAGAAACAGCGUCCUUCAGAAGAAAGGAUAUGUAAUGCAGUGUCUUCAUCCCAUGGCUUAGAUCGAAAAACUGUUUUAGAACAACUGGAAUUGAGUGUUAAAGAUGGAACAAUUUUAAAAGUCUCAAAUAAAGGACUCAAUUCCUAUAAAGAUCCUGAUAAUCCAGGGCGAAUAGCACUUCCUAAACCUCGAAACCAUGGAAAAUUGGAUAAUAAACAAAAUGUGGAUUGGAGUAAACUGAUCAAACGGGCAUUUGAUGGCUUGGCAGAGUCCAGUGGCUCAACUUUAAAAAGCAUUGAACGCUUUUUGAAAGGUCAGAAAGAUGUGUCUGCAUUAUUUGGAGGCAGUUCUACCUCUGGCUUUCACCAGCAGUUACGAUUGGCUAUCAAACGUGCCGUUGGCCACGGCAGACUCCUUAAAGAUGGACCGCUUUAUAGGCUCAACACUAAAGCAACCAGUGCUGAUGGGAAAGAGAGUUGUGAGUCUCUUUCCUGUUUACCUCCAGUAUCACUGCUUCCACAUGAAAAGGAUAAGCCGGUUGCUGAACCAAUCCCCAUCUGUAGUUUCUGUCUUGGUACAAAAGAACAAAACCGGGAAAAGAAGCCAGAGGAACUCAUCUCCUGUGCAGACUGUGGCAACAGUGGUCAUCCAUCCUGUUUAAAGUUUUCCCCAGAAUUAACGGUUAGAGUGAAGGCAUUACGGUGGCAGUGUAUCGAGUGUAAAACAUGCAGCUCCUGUCGAGAUCAAGGCAAAAAUGCAGAUAACAUGCUCUUUUGCGAUUCAUGCGAUCGAGGUUUUCACAUGGAGUGUUGUGAUCCACCACUCACACGGAUGCCAAAAGGCAUGUGGAUAUGUCAAAUAUGUCGACCUAGGAAAAAAGGACGAAAACUUCUACAAAAGAAAGCAGCACAGAUAAAACGACGCUAUGCUAAUCCAAUAGGACGGCCAAAAAACAGGUUAAAGAAACAAAACACGGUAUCAAAAAGUCCCUUCAGCAAAGUCCGAACUGGCCCUGGAAGGGGGCGCAAACGUAAAAUCACUCUUUCUAGCCAAUCAGCAUCAUCAUCAGAAGAAGGAUAUUUAGAGCGAAUAGAUGGCUUGGAUUUCAGCAGAGGUAGCAGUGUUCCCUUGAAGUUUAACAAGAAAACCAAAGGGCUCAUUGAUGGCCUUACCAAGUUCUUCACCCCUUCCCCUGAUGGGCGGAAAGCUCGAGGGGAAGUAGUAGACUACUCUGAGCAAUACAGAAUCAAGAAAAAGGGCAGCAGAAAAUCAAGCACUUCAGAUUGGCCCACAGACAAUCAGGAUGGUUGGGAUGGCAAACAAGAAAGUGAGGAGCGGCUUUUUGGGAGCCAAGAAAUCAUGACUGAGAAAGAUAUGGAAUUAUUUCGUGACAUCCAGGAACAAGCACUGCAGAAAGUUGGAGUGACUGGUCCCCCUGACCCACAAGUUCGCUGUCCCUCUGUCAUUGAGUUUGGGAAGUAUGAGAUUCACACCUGGUACUCCUCCCCAUAUCCUCAAGAAUACUCAAGGCUACCUAAAUUGUAUCUUUGUGAGUUCUGUCUAAAAUACAUGAAAAGUAGAACUAUUCUACAGCAGCACAUGAAGAAAUGUGGUUGGUUUCAUCCUCCUGCAAAUGAGAUAUAUCGAAAAAAUAAUAUUUCUGUCUUUGAGGUUGAUGGGAAUGUGAGUACCAUUUAUUGUCAAAACCUGUGUCUCUUGGCAAAGUUGUUUCUUGACCACAAAACACUCUAUUAUGACGUGGAGCCAUUUCUUUUUUAUGUAUUAACACAGAAUGAUGUCAAGGGCUGCCACCUUGUUGGCUACUUUUCUAAAGAAAAGCACUGCCAACAGAAAUACAACGUUUCCUGUAUAAUGAUUCUUCCUCAGUACCAGCGUAAGGGCUACGGCAGGUUCCUCAUCGAUUUUAGUUAUUUGUUAUCAAAACGUGAAGGCCAAGCAGGAUCUCCUGAGAAACCAUUAUCAGAUCUAGGUCGUCUUUCCUACAUGGCUUAUUGGAAAAGUGUAAUAUUGGAGUGCCUUUAUCACCAAAAUGACAAGCAAAUCAGCAUUAAGAAGCUAAGCAAGUUGACUGGCAUCUGCCCUCAAGACAUUACUUCCACACUCCAUCACCUACGAAUGCUGGACUUCCGUAGUGACCAAUUUGUGAUUAUACGCCGGGAAAAACUUAUCCAGGAUCACAUGGCCAAACUUCAACUGAAUUUGCGACCUGUGGAUGUAGAUCCCGAAUGUUUGCGUUGGACUCCUGUUAUAGUCUCCAACUCUGUUGUCUCAGAGGAGGAAGAAGAGGAGGUGGAUGAAGGAGACAGUGAAGAGCCCCAGCACCAGGAAAGAGAAGUAGAGACCAGUGUGGGAAAGUCUAUGUCUCGGGAGAACAAAGAACAAGACUCUUAUUCUUCAGUAGAAAGUGAAAAGAAGCCAGAAGUUAUACCUCCAGCCAGUUCCACACGCUUGAAUAAGCAGGUCCUUCCCCGUGAUAGUCUUCCUGCGAAUAGUCAACCAUCUCGGAGGGGCCGCUGUGGGAGGAAAAACAGAAAGGCCCAAGAACACUUUGGUGAUAAAGACUCUAGACUGCUCUUGGAAGAGACUCCAUCAGCUCCUCAGGAACACUAUAGAGAAUGUGAGGAAAAAUUGGAAACUUCCCAAGAACAAUACACUGAAAGUGAACAGUUGACAACCUCUCAGGAACAGCCAAGCCUGGAUGGGAAGCCAGAUCUUCCCAAAAGAAGAUUAAGUGAGGGUGCUGAGCUAUGGCGAGAACAGCUAAAGAAAAGUCCGAAGGUUCUUAGGUGCAGAUUGCCAGAAGCAAAUGAUAGACUGUCUCGUUGCUAUAGUGAUGGAGACAGGGCUGUCCUUAGGGGCUUUAGUGAGAGCAGUGAGGAGGAGGAGGAGCCAGAAAGUCCUCGGUCAAACUCACCACCAAUUCUUACAAAACCCACCUUGAAGCGGAAGAAACCAAUUCUUCACCGAAGAAGGAGAGUCCGAAAGCGCAAACAUCACAAUAGCAGUGUAGUCACAGAAACUAUUUCUGAGACCACAGAGGUGUUAGAUGAACCUUUUGAAGACUCCGACUCUGAGAGACCAAUGCCAAGAUUAGAACCCACAUUUGAGAUUGAGGAGGAGGAGGAAGAGGAAGAGGAUGAGAAUGAACUCUAUCAUAGAGGAUACUUCCAUCGCUUGUCCUCACAGGAUGUUCUCAGGUGCCACUCCUCUUCUAAGAGGAAAUCUAAAGAGGAAGAGGAAGAAGAAGAAUCUGAUGACGCUGAUGACACUCCUAUCCUAAAGCCAGUAUCUCUCUUGCGAAAAUGUGACGUGAACAAUUCUUCACUGGAGGCAGAUACUUCCACACCGAUGAAAAAGAAAAAGGGAUGGCCCAAAGGCAAAAGCCGCAAACCAGUCCACUGGAAGAAAAGACCUGGACGAAAACCAGGAUUUAAGUUGAAUCGGGAAAUCACAGCUGUUUCUUUGCAAGAAUGCAUUGUUGAGCCCCUUGCUCCCAUUCCUAAGGCUGGACGUAAAUCUAAAACUCAAGAGAAUGAAGAAACUGUUGAGUCAAAAGAGGAUUUGCCUUUGUCAGAAGAAAGGAAGGAAGAGGAGCUGCAUGAAGAAGCAGAGGAGGUUGAAGAGGGAGAGGAAGAGGAUACAACUAGCAGUGAAGUUAGAGCAGCUUCCCCAGUGGGCAGCAGCAACAGCCCCGAGGCUGAAAUGAAAGAUGCUGAGGUAGAGGAGGAGGAAGAGAAACCUCCAAUCUUGGAAGAACAGAGGCAGUCAGAGGAAGAGCCACAGGAGCUGGAAGAACAGGAACAAGAGGAAGAAGAUGAAGUGACCAUAGAGCCAAACCAGAAUGAAGACCAUGAUGCAGAUGAUGAAGAUGAUGGCCAUUUGGAAUCUGCAAAGAAAAAGGAGCCAGAGGAACAGCCUGUACGAGAAGAUGUCAAAGAGGAGCCUGGUGGCCAGGAGUCUUUUUUAGAUAGUGACAUUCAGAACAGUAGGGAGAAUAUAAAGGAUAAAGAUGAAACAGAACCAGAUUCUGAGGAGGAACAGCCUUCUCAUGAGACAUCCGUGGUAUCUGAGCAUAUACCAGGGUCCGAGGAUGACCAUGAAGAAGAUUCAAACACUAAGGAAGAAUUAAUAGAAUUAAAAGAGGAAGAAGAGAUUCCUCACAGUGAGCUGGAUCUGGAAACUGUACAAGCAGUGCAAUCUUUGACCCAAGAGGAAAGCAAUGAGCAUGAAGGGGCCUACCAGGACUGUGAAGAGACUCUUGCAGCUUGUCAGACACUGCAGAGUUACACACAGGCUGAUGAUGACCCUCAGAUAUCAAUGGUUGAAGACUGUCAUGCUUCAGAACAUAAUAGCCCAAUAUCCUCAGUUCCGUCUCAUCCAAGCCAGUCAGUCCGCUCGGUCAGCAGCCCUAAUGUGCCUGCCCUGGAGAGUGGCUACACACAGAUCAGCCCGGAACAAGGAUCACUGUCCGCACCCUCUAUGCAGAACAUGGAGACCAGCCCCAUGAUGGAUGUGCCUUCUGUAUCAGACCACUCUCAGCAGGUAGUGGACAGUGGCUUCAGUGAUCUGGGCAGCAUUGAGAGCACCACAGAGAACUAUGAGAACCCAAGCAGCUACGAUUCCACGAUGGGUGGCAGCAUCUGUGGGAAUAACUCCUCUCAGAGCAGCUGCUCCUAUGGUGCAUUGUCAUCCUCCAGUAGCCUCACCCAGAAUAGUUGUGUUGUCACUCAGCAAAUGGCUAACAUGGGCAGCAGCUGCAGCAUGAUGCAGCAGAACCCUGUCCAGCCUGCUUCCAACUGCAAUAUCAAGUCACCUCAGAGCUGUGUGGUGGAGAGGCCUCCCAGUAACCAGCAGCCGCCGCCGCCGCCACAGCCGCCGCCACAGCAGCCUCAGCCACAGCCACAGCCGCCGCAGCAGCAGCAGCCAGCACCGCAGCCUCCUCCGCCCCAGCCCCAGCCGCCCCAGCCCCAGCCCCCUCAGCCCCAGCAGCCUCAGCCCCCACCCCAGCAGCAGCCCCCACUGUCACAGUGUAGCAUGAAUAACAGCUUUACUCCAGCGCCUAUGAUCAUGGAGAUCCCAGAAUCUGGGAGCACAGGGAACAUAAGUAUCUACGAGAGGAUUCCAGGGGACUUUGGUGCUGGCAGCUACUCUCAACCAUCAGCCACUUUCAGUUUAGCCAAGUUGCAGCAGCUGACCAACACCAUUAUGGACCCUCAUGCCAUGCCUUAUAGCCAUUCUCCUGCUGUGACUUCCUAUGCAACCAGUGUUUCUUUGUCUAAUACAGGACUGGCUCAGCUAGCUCCAUCUCAUCCCUUAGCUGGGACCCCUCAAGCACAAGCCACAAUGACACCGCCUCCCAACUUGGCAUCCACUACCAUGAACCUCACCUCACCUCUGCUUCAGUGUAACAUGUCUGCCACCAACAUCGGCAUUCCCCACACCCAGAGGUUGCAAGGGCAGAUGCCAGUCAAGGGGCACAUUUCCAUCCGCUCCAAGUCCGCACCACUGCCCUCUGCGGCUGCACAUCAGCAGCAGCUGUAUGGCCGCAGCCCACCAGCAGUUGCCAUGCAGGCUGGUCCUCGUGCAUUGGCUGUUCAGCGGGGCAUGAACAUGGGGGUUAACUUAAUGCCAACUCCUGCUUAUAAUGUCAAUUCCAUGAAUAUGAACACCUUGAAUGCCAUGAACAGCUAUCGAAUGACACAGCCCAUGAUGAACAGCAGUUACCAUAGUAACCCUGCCUACAUGAACCAGACAGCACAGUAUCCUAUGCAGAUGCAGAUGGGCAUGAUGGGGAGCCAGGCCUACACCCAGCAGCCUAUGCAGCCCAACCCUCAUGGAAACAUGAUGUACACCGGCCCCUCCCAUCACAGCUACAUGAAUGCUGCGGGUGUGCCCAAGCAGCCGCUCAAUGGACCUUACAUGAGAAGAUGAGCAAGUGGACUUGCAGUGAAAAACUUAAAUAUAUAUAAUAAAGGAACUUUUUAUACUGACAAACCAGAGAAAAAAAUGGACCUUUUUCCAGUUAAAAUAUUGCUGUAGACUUAGGAGGAACUUUUCUUUGGUUUCUUUCAUUUUUUAGAAAACCUGACCUCUUUUAUUGGGUUCAGUUUUGUUCUGGGUUUUGGUUUUCUUCACAAUCUUGAACAUUUUACAGUAGAACUCAUCUGAAAAUGGAUUUGGGGAUGGGGAAACAUGCACAAAUCCUUUCAUAAUUAAAAAGAGCCUUACUUUCUUUACACACCACAUGGACAGACUUUGUGUACAAGUGAAUUGUCUUUAUUUUAAAAUGUAUGUUUCCCCUCACUGUUUGCAGCUCCCACUGUCGUCAUUUUUAAAUGUUAUAUAUACAUCUCAAGGGUCAACUAGACCAUUUCCUCCAAACCCAGUCCCUACUUCAUUCCAGCAGGAGGCACUUAGGGGAGACUCAGACGGGCGACAUGGAGAGCAACCCAAGCUCCUUAAACUUACUGUUACUACUUUUAUUAAUCAAGUGAGGCAAGAAAAUGCUUCGCCUUUUAAGAUCUCCUCUCCCUGUACACACCUCUUGAAACCUUUCCCCAAGAAUGUUUCUUUAUAGACAAACUUUGUUGAAAUCUUUGUUUUUCUGGAAUCAAGUGUAAUAUAAUUCUUUUUAUAAUAUUCCCACUCAGCACUCAGAGACGCAAAAAUACUGUAAGUCUCACUUAACAGCAGAAUCUCAGAGGAUGCAAUCGCAGUCUCGCCUUUGGAGGCAUAAAUAUGGUCACUUAAUAAAAAAGAGGAAAUAGCCUCUUGUUUUUUACCACCUGGUGAGUCAGCCAUAUAACUUGCAUAUUCCACCUGGCCUCUUGUUUUUAGUAUGUACUUUGAAAUGCUAACUAAGGGUCUUGAUUCUUGAGCCUUUGACUCUGAUACAUCUGAAAAGAGCAGUCCCCAAUGAUUUGCCUCUCACAUGAGUUCAUACAGUGUUGGUGGAUUACUGUACCUUUCAGUGGUUUGAAAAACAUCUGACAAAUCUUUUGACACUUGAUUUUAUGUUGCAGAGAUGGUGCAGAAUGUGUAUCCAAAAUGAGACUCUUGUGAGUUUAUAGCUACUUAAAUGAUCCAUACCUCUAGUUUUCAUUUGUUUUUUUUUUUGAUCCCCUGUGAAUCAGAGUGCACCAGCCCCUCUCCUGACAGUGGCUAAUGAGAAGAGGGAGAGACCUACCACCAGCAUAGGGCACAUCUGGACAGCACGGCUUCAGCAGCUUCUUACUUUGUUCCCAGUCCAUUCUCUUUCCUCUUGUGCAACCAGUUCGCCCAUUCUCUUCUUAUUACUUGCUCCAGGGAUAGGUAAAAUAUAUAUAUAUAAUAUAUAUAUAUUAUAUAUAUUCCAUCAUUAGAAGAUGGAAACUAUUAUACCACUUGGUAUGUGCAGUCAAAUAUCCAAAAGGGGGAAAUACUGCUUAAAGAAAUACCUGUAAGCAUAAAUUCUCUCCUUUGUUUGUACAUUUUAUAUAAAUAAAUUUUUAAAGUACUAAUUAGGCAUUAAAUUUUUUCAAAUGCACAGGUUUGUUGGUUUUUUUAUACACUUUAAUUGACUUUUUCAAUUAAGUGUGUUAGAUAGAAAAAGGCAGAAUUCCACACCUUACCGCUGUCAACUAUGAGCAUGUGCAAGGCUGUGUAGGACCCGGUUUCUCUGUAUAUACUAUUCCAAUUCCCAGUCAUCUCUGUAGAAAGUGCACUGUGCUGCCCUCUCCCUACAUCUUCAGCUGUGUCAUGCUUCCUGGAAGGGAUGGGGUGGGGAGGGGUGGGGAGGGGAGGGAGGUCUACUGGGAGGAGGGUGGGGCAAGGCAGAAGGAGAAGCUGUUGAAAUGAGGGCCUUGAAUUUGUUUCUGUUGGUUUGCGGUUGUGUUUUUUUUGUUUUUGUUUUUUUUUUUUGUUUUUUUUUAAAUUUCAAUUGGGCAGCUCCCUUUUCCACAGCCUCUUUGUGACUGUAGACCUAUUGUAGAAAAAUAUGUUCUUUUCUAUAUUAUAAAAGAAAUUAUCCAACAGUAAUAUUGGUACCUGUCAUUUUUUCACUUCUGUUUUAAAAAAUGUAUUUUUAGCAAGAUAACUUGGGUAAUCUUCUAAAAAAAUUUAAAAACUCACUGUUAGUGACUUUGAUGCCUUUUAAAAUAAAAGCUUUUUCAUUUCAUUCCAUCUUUAAAAUUUUUUAUCUUUGUUGUAGAAUAUUAAAAACUAUUUUAAGAAAGAUGAAAAUUCUCUUUAAAGAGAUCUCUAGAGUGUGUGAAUAGAGCUCCAGAUGCCUCUAAAAGCCGCAUGUACAAAUGAAGCUAAGUCUAUUCCUGUCUGUUUCUAUUUGCUUUUCCUGUUUUGUAACCUCUUUGUACUUUGUUCCUGGUGACCUGUAAGCUAGGGGAAGGGGUGCCUAGAUGCCUUUGUACUGCUCCAUGUCAUGCGCUCCUGGCCAGUUGGCCUCCCUUCCUCUCCUUGUAUGUAAUAUCUUCCCCCCUUUCUAGCAAGUACUUUCAAAAGAACUCUGUACAUUUUAACAUAAAAAAAUAAAUUAUGUUGAGCCAUUUUGGA